UUUUAUUUUCGCCGAAAAUUUAUUACGAAAUCUUUAAAGGUGGCGCUAGUGCAUACGAUCGUAACGGUAGUUCGCGGAUAACGUGUUUGGUAACGUGUGUUCUCUAGUCAUCAUUCCGAACGGAAAGAAGAUGGCGUGUAACGUAAAUAGUGAUGAUAGGAGGAAAGUCGCCCUCAUCACAGGCAUUACUGGCCAAGAUGGUUCUUAUUUAGCAGAAUUUUUAUUAGCAAAAGGAUAUGAAGUGCAUGGGAUAAUAAGAAGAUCCAGUUCAUUUAAUACUGGUCGUAUUCAGCAUCUUUAUCGGGAUCCAUUAACCCAUACUGCUGGUUCAAUGAAGCUACAUUAUGGUGAUUUAACAGACAGUACCUGUCUAGUCAAACUAGUUAAUCAAAUUCAACCAUCUGAAAUUUACAAUCUUGCAGCACAGAGUCAUGUAAAGGUAUCCUUUGAUCUUAGUGAAUACACUGCAAAUGUUGAUGCCUUAGGAACAUUACGUCUCUUAGAUGCUAUAAGAACUUGUAACUUAGAAAAGAGUGUAAAAUUUUAUCAAGCUUCUACAAGUGAAUUAUUUGGGAAAGUACAAGAAGUUCCACAGAAAGAAACUACGCCAUUUUAUCCUCGUUCACCUUAUGGUGUAGCCAAAUUAUAUGGUUUUUGGAUUGUGAUAAACUAUAGAGAAGCAUAUAAUUUGUUUGCUGUGAAUGGAAUCUUAUUUAAUCAUGAAAGUCCAAGAAGAGGUGAAACAUUUGUAACUCGUAAAAUAACUCGAUCAGUGGCUAAAAUUUAUCUUGGAGAACAAGAAUACUUUGAAUUAGGAAACUUAGAUUCUCGACGAGAUUGGGGUCAUGCUAGGGACUAUGUUGAAGCAAUGUGGUUGAUGCUACAACAAGAGGAACCUGACGACUUUGUUAUUGCAACUGGAGAAUCUCACAGUGUCAGAGAAUUUGUGGAAGCUGCUUUUCAACAUAUUGGAAAAGAAAUAGUGUGAGAAAUUUUGAAUUAUUGGAAAAAUCUAUUGUUAA